AUGGAGGCCCCACGGCCGCCCCAGCUGCGGCUAACGCCGCAGCCACCAACAAAGUCGCAGUCCACGCCAGCGCUGAGAGCCUCGCAGCUGCGGGGCCCGGGCCCGGGCCCCUCAGAGCAGCCGAUGUCCAAGCGCUAUGACGUUUCCAUCGGCAUUCUUGGGAAGGAGACAUCCAAGCCAAGGCCUGCUCUCCAGGCUGUGCUGCGCUCCAUGAGGCGUCCCAUACACGAGAUCCAUGGCCUCGACACUGCACACUGGCUGGCCUCUGUAGAGCGCGCACGAUCCGCCGAAAGGCGGCGGCGCGGUGGUGUUGACAAGCGGCCGGUGCCAUCGUGGAAUUUCCGAGGAGGCGGUCCGCUGCAGCCCAUCACCAGCGCUGGCGCCGGCGCUGCAGAGCUGGUGAAGGAAAAGGACACAGAUCUCAAAGGCGGCCUUGGAGCCAGUCUCGGGGCCUCCAAUGCUGGGGCCCAGUUGCGACAGAAGUUAGAUGAGCAGCUGCGGCGCCAGGAGGAGCUUCAGCGACAGCUGGCGCAGCUCCAGCAUGGUGAAGAGGAGGCCAAGUCUUCUGGUGUGCCGGCAGAGCUUCCGCGUGCUCCGGAACGGACAGUCGCAGAGACGCCUGCAAAGGCUGAGCCAUCUGAGCCAUCUCCGACGGCGAACAUCGCUGUUGAGAUGGACGAUGAGGCUGUACUCCAAGCCCUGGAGGAGCAGCAAUCGUUGCGGCGCAGCCUCCGUGCCAAGCUUCGACACCUGCUGGGCGACAGGAGCGAAGAGACGACCCAGGAUCCCAAG